AUGUCUAUAUUUGAUCAGAAUUAAGACCCUUUAUAAAGCCCUCAUAUAGCUAAUUCUUUGAUUCUGGUAAGUAAAAGAAAUCUUCACAAUGAGGAUGAUGAAUUUUUGACGAAUUUUAAAACCAAACAAUCUUAAUUUAAUAUGCUAGAAAAAAUAAAGAUUUCUCAUGAUGCGAGUGAAUAAAGCAUUGCUUCUUAAAAUGAUUCUGAUGAUUUUAAUAAUUAAUAAGGAUUUAAAAAUAGGAUUUGGAAAGAGAGAGCACUUAAUAUAAUAGUUCUUGUUGCCCGGUUCGUAACUUACCUAUUAACUAAUUCUGACAAAUUUAAGCUGAGAUAUUUGGAUCAUAGACAAUUUAAAGUGAUUGGAGAUAAAGCUGCUGAUUUUAAUUUUUAUUUAACAAAUAAAUUGAUAAGAGCUAGGGAAAAAGAAGGAUCAUGGGUUAUUAAUUAAUACUAUAAUAGUUAGCAUUUUAAACAAAAAUAAAAAUGUACAUAAAUUUUUUGAGUAUUUUUUCUUCGAUUAUUAGACCAAUAAAACCAGAUAAUUUAUUAAAAUUAUAUUGGGAUGUUGUGGUAUUUCUUAUUCUUUUAAUCAAUUUAUUAUAUAUUCCACUUAAGAUCUCAUUUGAUAUAACAGUGGUUGAUGGAGUAGAUUAUUUCUUAGAUACUCUACCUUAAUAUGUAUUUGUGUUUGAAAUUUUAUUGAAUUUUAAUGUUGCAUAUUAUUCAAGAGGUGUGCUUGUUUUGAAUAGAGGAUAAAUUUUUAAACAUUAUUUAAAAGGAAAAUUUAUUUUAGAUUUUAUAGUUAUAAUUCCAUUUAUGAUUGGUCGAUAAAAUAUUCCUUAUAUAGAAUUUGUGUUAUUAUUUAGAGUUUCAAGAGUAAAAAUAUAUAGUAAGUAUUAAGGUUAUGCAUAUUUUCGAGAAUAUAGUUGAGACUCUUAAUUUAAGAGUUAACUUUGCAUCUGCAGUAGAUAUUAUAUCACUUUUGUCUACAUUUUUAUUUGCAUCUCAUAUAAUAGCUUGUUUUUGGCAUUUUAUUGCUAUUUAAGAAUAAGAGUUUGAAACUAAAACUUGGAUAUAGAGAGCCUAAUUAUAAGAUGAAAAUUGGCAGGCUCGUUAUAUUACUAGUUUUUAUUGGGCAUGUAUCACAACUUUAACAAUAGGAUAUGGAGAUAUUAUACCUGUAAUAUUUUAAAUCAUUUUAGGUUACAAAAUAUGAAUAAAUUUUUGUUAUUUUUGUUACAUUAUUGAGUUCAAUAAUAUUUGGUUAUACUAUUUCAAGUAUAGGAUCUAUUUUUGCUCAAAUGAGUGAGAAUAAAAACUAUCUUAGAGAUAGAAUGACUAUGAUUGACUCGUUUAUUAAAAAAAGAGGAUUAAACAAGGAUUUAUAAGUUAAAGUAAAAAAGUUUUUUGAAUAUUACCUUAAAUAAGAAAGAGAUACAGAAUCAGAAUGUGAAAAAUUAAUGAUACAUCUAUCAGGAAAUCUCAACAAAGAAGUUAAAAUAGAUUUUUAUAAAAAUUUAUUAUAGAAUUCUAAAUUAAUUAGAUAAAACUUUUCUUAAUAAUUUAUUGAAAAAUUAUGUAUUUUAGUUAAAGAGUAAACCUUUGUACCAGAGGAAAUCAUUUCAAUUCAAGGGUAAUAUAUACAUCAUUAGUAGAUAAAAAGUCGAUCGAAUCUACUUUAUCCUUAAAGGGGAGGUAGAAGCAUAUAUUAGCAAUAAUAAAAUUAUUAAAGUAUAUCCAAAAAAUUAAGCUAUUGAUGAAAAAUCAUUCAUUUCUUAACAUCCCGCCUAAUUUUCAACCAGAGCUGUAAAGUUUUCUAAAUUGGCUUAUAUUACAUAUGAUGAUCUUUUAGAACUGUUAAAGUAUAAUCAAAAAGAUAGAGAACAUUUUUAUUAUGUAAAACAUUAGAUAGAAUUCAAUGGUAGAGUUAAAAUGGGAGGAUGUGAAUUAUGUCGUUAAAAUCAUACUUUUACUGAAUGUCCUUUUGUAUUCUAUACUCCUAAUUCUCUUAGAUUAUUUAAGAAAAAUGAUCAUGAUGAAAAAUAAAAAAGAAAAUUUUUCACUAGAUUGAAAAUGAAUGAAAAAAAUCAUAAUGUAAUGUAAAUUAAUUAUUAAUUAAUAGAACACUUUUGGUCAAUUGAGAAAUCUCUAAUCUUUAGUUUUUAAUUUUUGUGUAACUUAAGGUUAUUUCAAUGAAAUUGGACCUAAUUCUGAAUUUAUUAUCGCAAAUAAAUUUCAUAUGUAAUAAGAUUCUGCUUUAGAUGAUCAGGAAGCAAGUGAAUCAAACUCAUAAUUAGAAUCAGAUAAAAAAAUAAGUUCAUCGAAUCAAAUAUAAUAUAAACGAGAAUCAAAAAGAAAAGAAUCAGAUAUUAAUAAUAAUAAAGAUGAAAAGUCAAGGAGAUCUAAAAAAAGGCUAACUAAAAUUUCUAUAUAAAAAAAUAAUUAAUACAAAAAUUAUGGAUCAUAAGAAAGAGAUUCUACUCCUUUAGAAAAAAAAAAUAAAUUCAGUGUUAAAAGAGGAACAUUGAUUAUAAAUCAAACUAAAAUGGACUAAAGUCAAAAAAUGGAAGAGGAACUAAAUUAAUUUUAAUCUUCUUAACCUUUAAGUUUAUAAUAAUAAUAAUCAUAACAAAUUUAACAAUAAUAAUAAUUAUAAUCUUAUUCUUCAGAAUAAUCGAAACCAUUUGAUAUAAAUUAAGUUUUAUUGAUUGAAAUCGAAAUUUCUAAAUUAAUGGCGUCUAAAGAAUGUAAUAUAGAUUCUUAAACCGAUAUGGAGUUUUAUGAUAUUGGAUUUAAUUUAGAAUAAGUAGUAGCUAAAUUAAAAAAAGCUAAGAAAAUUCCCAUAAAAUUAAAAAGAAGAAAGAUGAGAAAAUCGUUAGCACGCUCUUAAUCCAUUCACCAUAUAAGCCAAACAAAAUCUUGA